AAGCAAACCCAAAAGAAACCAAUAACAAAAACAGCAAAGGCCUUGUCCUUUUUCCAGUCGAUUUGUUGCUCUAUUUGCCGUUGCUUUGAGAUCUUAUAAUAGCAAGCACAACCUGUUGCCUGUUGGCCCACCCUCGCCAACCUCCGCCAAGCUGUUAUUAUUCCAGUACCACAGUUGAAAUAUUUCUUCGGGAAGAUCUGGUCCCCCUUUCCCUCCUGUCUCUCUGUCUCUCUCUCUUCUUUCACUCUUUGUUCACAGAGGACGCGUGUUCAUCAUCAAGUCCUCUGGAUGUUUUCUUUUUCCUAGCGGAAAAGAGAGAGUUCCUUAAUCAGUCGAGAUCCCGGAACUCCUUGCAGAGUGGGUUUGAGAAACUUGGUUCAUUUGAACUCCUGAGGGACUAAAACUUUAUACUUGCUUUGCUUUCCCUAAGGUGAAUGAGCAGAGAGAAUGGAGAAGAAAGGGAGCUGGUUUUAUGCGGUGAAGGCAGCUCUCUGUUCUCAUCCCAAAAAGAAAGAGAAGAAAACCCAUAAACCAAAGAAAAGUUGUUUUGGGAAGCUCAAGAAACGGGCUCCAGUUUCUUCAUCCAAAGAAACUGCAUUGACUAUUCCCGCUCCUCCUCUUGCCAUUCCUACUUCUCCUCCCGUUGAAGAUGUGAAGUUAACAGAAACUGAGCAUGAACAGAAUAAGCAUGCAUAUUCGGUGGCGAUUGCCACUGCCGUGGCUGCAGAGGCAGCCGUUGCAGCUGCUCAGGCUGCUGCAGAGGUUGUACGUCUUACUAGUGUUACCUGUUCCUCUGGAAGAUUGGAGGAAGUUGCAGCUAUCAAGAUUCAGACUGAAUUUCGUGGGUACUUGGCAAGGAGGGCAUUGCGGGCUUUAAGGGGGUUGGUGAGACUGAAAUCAUUGAUACAAGGGCAAUCUGUCAAACACCAAGCAGCUACCACAUUAAAAUACAUGCAGACACUUGCUCAUGUACAGUUUCAGAUUCGCACAAGGAGAACGAGAAUGUCAGAGGAGAACCAGGCUCUCCAACGGCUUCUCCAACAGAAAAGUGAGAAAGAGCUUGAGAAGUUGAGAAACUCUAUGGUAGAAGACUGGGAUGAUAGCACACAAUCUAAGGAGCAGGUAGAAGUGAAACUACAGAGCAGGCAAGAAGCUGCUAUACGAAGAGAAAGGGCGUUGGCUUAUGCAUUCUCGCAUCAGCGAAUCUUGGCGAAUUCCUCAAAAUCUGCAAACUCGACAUUUAUGGAUCCGAACAAUCCUCAUUGGGGUUGGGGUUGGUUAGAGCGUUGGAUGGCGGCCCGUCCAUGGGAGAGCCAAAGUACAAUGGAUCACAGUGACCGUGUAUCUGUAAAAAGCGCUGCAAGCCGUGUCAUUUCUGUUGGAGAAAUCACCAAAGCUUAUUCUCGUCGCGAUCUUAGCCAAGAUAAUAAGCCUUCCCCUACUGGCCAAAAAUCAAGCCGACCACACAGUCGACAAUCCACUUCAACUCCCCCUUCUAUGGCACCAUCUUUGUCAUCAGUAACUGGGAGGAGAAAGCUACAAAGCCCCAAGGGUAGUGGCUGGAGUGGGGACGAUGAUAUGAGAAGUAUGCUUAGUGUCCAAUCAGAUCGCUGCCGGAGGCACAGCAUUGGAGGUUUAUCAAUGAGGGAUGAUGAGAGCCUUACGAGCUCACCUGCAGUUCCAAGUUACAUGGCACCAACACAAUCGGCGAAGGCCAGGUUGCGGCUGUCAAGUCCAUUAGGAUCAGAGAAAAAUGGGACACCAGAGAAGGGAUCAGCAAGUUCUGUAAAGAAGCGGCUCUCAUUCUCAGCCUCCCCAGGUGGAUCAAGAAUGCAUUCUAGUCCUCCUGGUAAGGUGCAUUCUACUCCCGGUAAGGACAUUGGAGCAGCUUCAGCAGAUAACGUUAACAAUGAUGGGAGCAGGUAGUACGGGGGGACAAUAAAAUUGUGAGUUUAGGCCGAGUGCAAAUGAAGAAGAUUGAAUAAAACACGAGUUGCAACUUUUGAACUUUCAUCAUCUCAUUCUCCAGCGACUGCUUUCUGUUAUUGGUGCGAAGGAAGAAGAAUGAAUAAAAAAAGAGCGUUACUCUUGUUCUCACUCAAUAUCUUUUUCUUCUGCUGAAAAUUUGCUCUUGUUAGGUGUCAUGCAUCAUUAUGAUUUAUGGGAUUGGUUUGGGAAUGAUUAUAGUCUUUGGCAACAAAUUCUCGCAUCUGUUGUCGUUGUCCUCUGAGAAUUAAUUUUCUUUCAUUUUCA